CCCAGUUGUACACCAGCAGUUAUCCACCUCAAACGUUUUUGAUGGUGUCGGCUAUUCGCCUAUUCCUCCCCGCUAUCUUAUUGCCCCAACACAGACAGAUCUCCUUCGAAUCAUAUAUGCGAUUCAUGAUCUGAUCACUGUUCUUCCCAUUCUUCCAGAUCUGAUCCAAUCCAAUCCAAUCCAAACCCUAACAUACCUCAUCCGGAUCACCGAUUCGACACCGUAUGGCGUCCUCGCGUCGGCUCCGGGAGCUCCAAUCACAGCCGGGCAACAAGAUCUGCGUCGACUGCUCCCAAAAAAACCCCCAGUGGGCUUCCGUAUCAUACGGCGUUUUCAUGUGUCUCGAGUGCUCCGGCAAACACCGUGGUCUCGGCGUCCACAUAUCCUUCGUCCGAUCCGUGACCAUGGAUUCGUGGUCGGAUAUCCAGCUUAAGAAAAUGGAGCUAGGAGGAAACGAGAGGUUCAAUAGUUUCGUUUCCCAGUACGGAAUCCCUAAAGAAACGGACAUUGUCACAAAAUACAAUACGAAGGCGGCAUCAAUUUAUCGUGAUCGUAUCCAGGCGCUUGCGGAGGGCAGACCCUGGUCUGAUCCUCCCGUUGUAAAAGAGACAUUGAAAUCGAAUAAUAAUGUUAGGAAUACUUCUAACAGUAAGCCCCCGUUGAGUGGUGGCGGCAGUAGAAGUGGUAAUGCGGGGAGUAACGCGGGUUGGGAUAAUUGGGAUAGUUUUGAUGAUGGAGGAUAUGUAGGAAAUCAUUCGAGCAACAGCCUUAGGAGGAAUAAUACGGUGUCAGAUUUUAGGAGUUCGGGGACGGGCAGUGGGCCAUCCCCUUCGAAGUCUACGGAGGAUAUGUAUUCGCGGGCAGAGUUGGAGGCAUCGGCUGCUAAUAAGGAGAGUUUCUUUGCGAGGAAGAUGGCCGAGAACGAGUCGCGGCCGGAAGGGCUUCCCCCUUCUCAAGGUGGGAGGUAUGUUGGAUUUGGAUCAAAUCCACCACCAGUCCGGAGAAAUCACUCAGAGGGGGAUGUACUUACUGUUGUUACUCAGGGAUUUGGUAGGUUGUCUAUGGUAGCUGCAUCCGCAGCGCAGUCGGCCGCAAAUGUUGUUCAAGCUGGGACGAAAGAGUUGACUUCCAAGGUAAAAGAUGGGGGCUAUGAUUACAAGGUGAAUGAAACUGUCAAUGUUGUGACCGCAAAGACGUCCGAGAUUGGACAAAGGACAUGGGGGAUCAUGAAAGGGGUAAUGGCUUUGGCAUCCCAAAAGGUUGAAGAGUUCACAAAAGAAGGCUCUGGCUGGAAGAAUGACAGCUGGCAGCAGAAAGAAAGUGAUACUAAUGGUUACUCUCAGGAGUUUGGACCUGAGUCUAGAGGAUGGAAUUCUUCUGCUGGAGCACAAUCUUCAUCAGGUCGACAGUUUAACUCUGUUAGCCAUAGUUCUUGGGAUGAUUGGGACACCAAAGAUAGCAGGAAAGAAGAGACUCCAAAGGGCACAACAUCCCAGGAUGAAGAUGGUUGGGCAGGCUGGGAUGAUGCUAAAGACGACGACGACGGAUAUGAUAAUUCGUACGACAGUAAAUCUGAUCAGAAGACAAAAGGUUAUAAUGAAAAAUCAGAUGCCAAUUGGACUGACGGAGGGUUUAUCUGAGGUUAGCAUGUCUUUGAAUGAUUAUUUGCAGAUUUUUUCCCUUAAUGGGAACCAAUGGAAACCCAGUCUAAAGGGUUUUAUAAUGAAAUAGUCGAUCAUGCAACCAAAGGGCUGCUUCUCCGUGUUGUGAAGUUAUCCGCAGCAGCUGGCUACAAAAUGCUCAUGAAACCAGAAGGCUUGUUUUUUUUCUUGGUGUGAGGACCCUUUUUUUCCUUUCGAAUUUUAAAUAGGGACUACAUUCGGAUUUGUAAUAAGUUUAAUUGUUUUUUUUUUUUUUUUUGUUUCUGCUCUUACUUCUGUUGGUAUCACAAUACUACAGUGUGAAAAGAUCAGAUUCUAAGAUAUGAUCCGAC